AAAGAAGAUGGCGCCCGCGGGAGAGACGUCGCUGAGAUAACUCGCCUCCUGCCAGCCCCGCCGCGGCCCCCGCCCCCGCCCCGCCGCCCACCGCCCUGCCCAAGGUGCCCGCCGCCCCCCCAGUGCCCGCCGCCGCGCCGGGGGCACACGCCUGACUUCAAGUGGUUGUCGCAGUAACACCACCACCACCAUCACCACCGCCACCACCAGCGCGCCCUUCUGACUCUCUUUCAUGUCCCUCCGGCCGCCACCAUGUCCUCCAGAAAUGACAAGUCCAAGUCGCAUAGCUUUCUCAACAAGAUGGACAAGAUGCUCACGGGCACCUCCAAGAAGAAGGUGCCCAAUAAGGAGCGCAUCGGGAACCUGCCGCGACCCAACUCCGACUUAGACUUAAAUGAGGUGGAGGAGGACCAGUACCACCUCGACAACCUCUGCGAUGAGGAGGUACGGGAAAAGUUCCAGAGCAUGAUGAAGGACAUGAACAUCGACAAUGAAUCUGUGAUGAUGAAAACCUCCGUCGACAAGAUGCGGAUCAUGUUAGAGAACAACUAUAAGGUGGCUCAGACCCAGGCCCACCACAAGCUAGACUCGCCAAAGGAAUUCAUUGAGUACCUGAGGCGAUUUGAUGACCUGAGUCCCAAGGCGAUCGUUAAGACGCUGGAGACCCUACAGGUUACCCUCCGCAGCAACAAGAUCCAGUGGCUGCAGGAGUUUGCCCAAAACGGUGGCCUCAAGGUCCUGCUGAACAUCCUCAACGACUGCUACAGAAACAGCAGCAACAACCGCCAGUGGGAUGUGAUCCAGGGGGAGGCCAUCAAGUGUCUGAGGGUGAUCUGCAACAACAUCGCCGGCAUCAAGGCGUUCUUCCAGCAGCCCGAGGGCUUCAUGCUGCUGGCCCAGAGUCUGAACCCUGGCAAGCCUGCCAUCAUGCUGGAUGUGCUGCGCCUCAUGAGCAGUUUCAGCCACCCGCUGUGGCAGCAGGACGGCUUGGACGGCCACCGCGAGGUGCUGGAUGCCAUCACCAUCGUGGGGGAGUUGAAGAAGCAGGAGCGCUUCACCCCCAUCAUCAUGGGCCUGGGCAUGCAGGACAACGACCUGCUGCGCCUCAACUGCCUCUCCAUGGUCAAUGCCAUCAUAAACUUUGUGCCCGAUGAUAACCUGGACUUCCGGCUGCACCUGCGCAACGAGUUCAUGCGUACGGGCCUGCACGACCUGCUGGAGAUCCUGGAGAGUGUGGAGCAUGAGGACAUCAAGAAGCAGCUGGAGGUAUUCCACAAAUCCCGGAUGGAAGACUUCGAGGACUGGCAGGACCGCUUCAUGGUGCACGUGGACGAGAUGGAUGACCUCAACCGCUGCUACGAAGUCCUCAAGAGCCAGGUCCAGGACUCCCAGUGUGAGACCCCGCUGCUGUCCAUCCUGCAGCACCUGGCCUUCAUCCGCGAUGACGAGAACACCCGCUCCGCCUACUACAAGCUCAUCGAGGAGUGCAUCUCGCAGAUCGUGCUGCACCGCAACGGCUGCGACCCAGACUUCCGGGCCACUAAGCGCUUCGAGAUCAAGGUGGACCAGCUGCUGGACCAGUUCAAGGAGGAGACACGCACCAAGAACGAGAAGGUGACCUCCGAGUACCAGGCCCAGCUGGAGGACGCCCUCACCAAGAACCAGAAGCUGGAGGCCGAGCUGUCCCUGGCCAAGUCCCAGCUGGAGGAGGUCCUGCGCAGCGGUGGCGAGCCCAUCAAGAAGGGCGGCCUGCCCGUGGUGCCCGGCCUGGAGCAGAAGAUUGUGCCACCCCCACCCCCCCCGCCAGGCUCUGGGGCACCCCCACCUCCACCCCCGCCUCCUGGCAUGGGUGGCCCCCCACCACCACCUCCACCCCCAGGCAUGGGAGGCCCCCCACCACCACCUCCCAUGCCUGGCAUGGGAGGACCCCCACCACCCCCUCCCAUGCCUGGCAUGGGUGGCCCUCCUCCCCCACCACCACCCCCAGGCAUGGGUGGACCCCCUCCCCCUCCCCCACCAGGCAUGGGGGGGCCACCCCCGCCCCCAGGCAUGGGCUUCCCUGGUGCCCCGCGCGCCCCAGCGCCCAACGUGCUGCCCUACGGCAUGACGCUCAAGAAGACGCUCAAGCCGCCGGCGCAGACCAAGCGGCUGCAGUGGAGCAAGCUGGUGCCCACACGCAUGAGCGAGAACAGUCUGUGGGUGAAGCUCAACAAGAAGGAUGUGUCGGUGCGCAAGGAGGUGCUGCAGGAGCUGAGCGAGCAGUUUGCUGUCAAGCAGGUGCGGCGGAAAGAAGCCGAGCAGGCGGACCGACCGGCCAAGAAGGACAAGGAGCUGCGCAUCCUGGACCAGAAGACCAACCAGAACCUGUCCAUUGCCCUGCGCGGCCAGUUCAAGCACAUGAGCCUGGACGACAUUCGCCGCGCCAUCCUGCAGUGCGACGAGUCCAUUCUCUGCACCGACUCCGAGGGCAACACGGACUCCUCCACGCUGCUGACACUCAUCGCUGCGUUGCCGGACCACGAUGUCAUCAACAAGGUGGUAGGGCUGGAGGAUGCCGAAGAGGACCUGGCUGAGGGCGAGCUGUUCCUCCACCGCAUUGGUCGCAUCAAGAAGCUCGUCCCACUGCUCAAGAACAUGGCCUUCAAGACCGAGUACCCGUCGCUGGUCAAGGAGACGCGCCUUGACAUCGUCAACACCAAGGCCGCUCUCGACGAGCUCGUCAACUCAAAGAAGUUCGAGCGUGUCCUCUCCUACAUCCUAGAGUUUGGCAAUGUCCUCAAUGCUGGGUCGAGAAACGCCGACACCGUGGGCUUCGACAUCAGCUUCCUGCCGAAACUCUCCAACACGAAGAGCAGCGACGGCAACACUCUCCUCCACUACCUUGCCGAGACUCUCAUGAGGGAGGAGGCGGAGAACUCAGACUUCGAGGAUGGACUCAUCCACUUUCCCAAUGCCGAGAGGGUGAACGUGGAUGCGGUGAAGGCCAACAUUGCCAAGAUGAAGAAGGAGAUCAAAAACAUCGGCAACGACCUCCAGCGGCAUAACAAACAGGACCCAGAGGACAGGUUCCAGGAGAAGUUCGAGUCCUUCCACCAAGAUGCCGAGAAGAACAUUGAGCUCCUGGAGAUGGAGUUCGACAUGAUGCAGAAGAAGUAUGAGUUUGUGGCCGAGCUCUUCACCUUCGACGUCAACAAGUAUUCGCAGGAGGAGUUCUUCAGGGACAUCAACGAGUUUAUUGUCUGCUAUAAGAGAGCGAAGGAGCAGAUCAUGAAGCAGGAGGACAAGCGAAGGAGGGACAUGGAGGCGAGGGAGAGGGCGGAGAGGGAGAAAGCCGAGAAGGCCGAGAGGGACACCAGACAGAGGGCGCUACAUGACGUCACCAACGACCAGAGCAACACGGAGGUCAUGGAUCAACUUGUGCAGCUCAUCAACACGGGCCAGGCCUUUGACGUGAUGGGCGCUGGUAGACGGAGACGGCCGGGGAAGACGACAGCCGAGAGACGGGCCCAGUUGAACCGCAGCCGUUCUCGGUCCGGUCUAAUAACGCCUUCUCCCACUAGCAUGAAGGAGAUGAAACUGAGUGAGGAAAUCGACAUAGAGAACAUGCCAGCGCGCCCAUCCCGUCCUCGUACACGCCGGCCAGGUCUACCCACUGGUCUAGAGUCAAGGGAUAGAAACUUCGGUAGCCAGCAGAGCGAGAACGGGAAUGACUCCGACGCCUUGCUGCAGAGACUGAGGGAGCUGUGAGUCAAGUCUAUCCGCCCUUCGAACCCGACCUCAUAGGCUCAGUUUGCUGCCAAGGUCCGAUGUCCUACCUUGGUAACGCUGCAUAGACACACUGUAUAUAGCUCGCAUAAACACUCACACUCACACACACACACACAAACAAACGCCCAUGAAGUCAGUAAGGUAAGGUGAGUGAGUGUUCCUUUUUCCUUUCACCGUCAUUUUUUCGCAGUCCAAAUAUUGUUAUUCUCUCUCAUUAUGGAUUGACUUAUACAUCGGUCUUUCGUGUAUCCCGGCGAUGAGUAUUUUUGAUCCUCCGUUCGACCUCUUAAACACCACCUCCGCCUCAUAACUCCCAUAUGAAGUGAUGCAGGAAAGAGUGGUGUAUUACAUGUGUCACUCUCCCCCCAACACCAGCUCCACAGCAUUACUCCUUUGUGAAAUGAUGCUACAAAGGGCGGUGUAUUCAAUCCUAUAUUCAGCCCCCUCAGUGCCAGCUCCUCCAUGUGACUCCCAUAUGAAGUGACACAGUAAAGAGUGGUAAAUUUAAUGCCUAACCCGGCCUCUCCUAUCAUCAGCCCUUUUACGUUACUCAUUUAUGAAGUGACGUGGCUGAGAGUGGUGGGUUUAGUUCUCUACUCGGCCCUUCUAACUGCAGCUCUUCCCUGUGCGCCUCUUCCGUGGAGAGACACGCAGCAAAGAGGUGUAUUAGAUGUGCCAAGUUGCCCUCCUCUUCACCCCCCAGUCCCCCUGUGUUGCCUCCUCGUGGUGCGACCUUAAACCCAACACAACGAGACCGGCCAGUUUGAAGUCACCUCUUGACAGACUGAGGGAAAGGUUAGCGCGUUACCUUGACUCUCUUCACGUUACCUUCGCCUCUGAGCCAGACUACCCACCCUCAUUAGGUAAGCCAUGCCUCGUCCUUAAGCCCCUCCCCUUUUCCUAAUAACUACAUAUCAUUGGCCAAUCCACAAGCAAGCCCCAUAAGCCCCUCCCCUUUUCCUAUUCACUGCAUAUCAUUGGCUAAUCCACAAGCAAGCUCCAUUAGCCCCUCCCCUUUUCCUAUUCACUGCAUAUCAUUGGCUAAUCCACAAGCCUUAUCCAUAAGCUCCUCCUCUUUUCCUGUAACUAUAUCAUUGGCUAAUCCACAAGGAGGCCACACACCCUUUCUUUACCAGGCUGCAUGUGAUUGGUGGAUGCUGGAGGAGGCGUAAUCCUAUUGGUGGAUGCUGGGUGUUGUGGGCGUGGCUUAGUUGCGCUGGUAAGGUGAAUGGGGCACUUAGGCGUGUUGGUUCCAAUAUUCACUUUUUAUGCAUUGUAGUAUUGUAUUGCAGUGAUAAGUCUGUACAUUGAAAGGUUAUUAUGUUACUGUAUCCGCCUUGCAGUUUUUACUUAAAGAAAUCAUGUAUAAUCCAUAUAUUUU